AGUAUGAAUGUGUGAAUGUACUGUCUCGCUUGCUCGCGCGGCUCCCGACUCUGCUUUCUCAGACCUUCACCACCACCACGACGCCCAUCGCAUCAUAGUCUCUCGAGAGCUGCGGCUGCUUGUCACUAUAUCGCCAUAUUUUUUUAUACUCCCCUACCACCGCCCCCGGGUAUAUUAUACGGGCUUUUCAGCCUCGAAAGUGCAUGCGCGAUGAGCAGGCGGAUAUACCUAUAUUUUUGUUCUUUUUUUUUUAUUGGAUUCCAUCGGUAUACUGUCUGGGGAUUUUAUGGCAGUGCUACCAAUAACUGUCGGAUUUGAUUUUCAGUUGGCGCGUGCGCGCGAACUGUUGACUUUAUGAACUAAUAAAAUGAUUUUCCUUAAAAACUGAGCUUUUCUUUUGAAAUAAUGGUCUACGUGAAUUUAUUGUAAAAGAUUUGAUACGUUUUAUUGAGUUUGAAUUAUACGAGAUAACGCAGAAAAGAGACUGAAGGAAUAGUGGCAACUCGCGCGCCAUCUGACCAACAUUCUUCCGUGCGCCGUCACGUCGGUAAAUGAAUGAUUCUGGAUCAAGCUUGAUACACAGAGAAGGGAGAAACAUGCAGAGAUUACUAACAAGCCUUUCCUCUAUAAAUAAACCACUGGUUUAUGGGGGAAUAAAAAAUGUGUUCAAUCAACAAAUGGCCAGCAUAACAUCUCUACAAUUGAAUAAACACCCACUUCCAAAACAACCAGUGCCAGACUUGGAAAAAACUGCAAAAUUGUAUUUACAAACAUUGCAACCACUUCUCAGUGAUAAAGAGUAUCAAAAUACAGAAAAAGUUGUUCAAGACUUCAUUAAAGAAGGUAGCAUAGGAAGAGAGCUCUACCGAAAAUUACAAGAGAAAUAUGAAAAGACUGAUAAUUGGAUGAGCGACUGGUGGCUUCGGGCAGCUUAUUUGGGUUACAGAGACCCUGUAAUUGUUUAUUCUAGUCCUGGUACAGUGGGCCCGUCUGAAAAGUUUAAUUCUAAAGAAGAUUUUUAUAGAUGUGCUGCACAUCUGAUUGGAGCUGUAUGUAAUUACAAUGAUUUAGUCAAAAGUUGCAACAUGAAACAAGAAAUGGUACGAGAUGCUCCACUCGAUAUGCAACCUUACGCUAUGAUAUUAGGAACUCAUCGACAACCAAAUAAAGGAAUCGACCAACUAUUACAUAUUGACGACUCAAAACACAUAAUCAUUAUCAGUAAUAAUAAUUUCUUCAAGCUUCAAUUGUCUGAUAAUAUCAAUGAAGAGCAACUUAUAGCAACUAUAAAGGAUAUAGCAGAAAGAUCACGUACCCCUGGAAAACCUGUGGGAAUUUUAACAGGAAAUCACAGAGAUAUAUGGGCAGAUGACCAUUUAAGAUUAAAAAUUCUUGGUUCAAACAGUAAAAUUUUGAAUGAUAUUGAGACUGCCUUGUUUGCUCUCUGUCUUGACAAAGAAUUACCAAAGGAAUUAUUUAAAAACAAAAAUGUAGAAUCUGUCUAUGCAUUAGAAAGUUUAACUGGUUGCAAUUCGUCAUUAAAUGCAGCAAAUAGAUGGCAUGAUAAAACUGUUCAAUAUAUACUUUCAUAUGAUGGAUUUAUUGGCAUGCAAUAUGAGCAUAGCCCAUGUGAAGGACUUCCUAUUUCUGUGUUGCAUGAUCAUGUUUUGAAUUAUGUCAAGAAUAAGAAAAGUGAAAAAAUAAAAAUACCUACAAACUUUCCGAAAGCUGAACUUUUACAAUUUCAACUAGAUGCAUCACUUGAAAAUGCAAUUGAAAAGGCAACAUUUGCAGUGGAUAAACUAUCACAAGACAUUGACAUGGAGUGUUUUAUGUUUGAUGAAUUUGGAGCAAAUGACAUAAAAAAGUGCAAGUUGAGCCCUGACAGUUUCAUUCAAAUUGCUAUGCAAAUAACAUUUUAUAAGCUACAUCAAAAACCACCAGCACAUUAUGAAUCUGCAGCACUUCGUCGAUUUAAAAAUGCUAGAACUGAAUGCAUCAGAUCAACAAGUAAUGAGUCAGUUCAUUUUGCUAAAUUAAUGGCUAAUGGUAAUGUGUCUGUGAAUGCAAAGAAAGAAGCAAUGAUAGCAGCUAUAAACGCACACAAGGCAUAUGCUAGCAAGGCUGUAAUGGGAGAAGGAGUUGACCGCUUGUUCUUUGGAUUAAAAAUGAUAGCAGUAGAUGAAAAAAUAAAAAUACCUGAAUUUUUCUCUGAUGUUGGUUACACAAAAAGUACUUCUUUUACUCUGACAUCUAGUCAAGUUGCAUACAAAACUGCUUCUUUCAUGUGUUAUGGUCCAGUUGUUCAUAAUGGUUAUGGAUGUUGUUAUAAUCCUAGACCAAAUGAUAUACUCUUUGGAUGUUCUUCUUUUUCUGGAUGUACUGAAACCUCUACUAAGAGCUUUGCUAAUACACUAAAAGAAUCUUUGCAUAACAUGAAAAAGCUUGCAGAAGUCUAAUAAUGUGAUACUUUUAUGUUUUUCCUUUUAAAACAUGUUAUUUUAAUGGACUGUUAAUUGUAUUUUAUAUACGUAUACGUUUUGUACGGAAAAGGUUUUAAUAGAUUUUCAUAUAUAUUUUA